AUACCUAAACUAGUUAGACAGAAUCAUGGAAACCAGAAUUAGGAGUGAUACCCCUUUUGCUAAAGCUGGAUUUCUUAGUAAACUGUCGUUUUGGUGGUUAAAUCCUCUGAUGAAGAAGGGUAAGAAAGAAACUCUUGAAGAUGAUGAUAUACCCAUGUUAAGAAAGGCAGAUAGAGCAGAAACGUGUUACUUAUUGUUUAUGGAACAGCUAAAGAAUCAAAAGAAACCUAAACCAUCAAUUUUAUGGACAAUCGUCUUAUGUUAUUGGAAAGAGAUUUUUAUAUCUGGGUUCUUUGCAUUUGUCAAAGUAGUCACUUUUUCAGCUGGUCCUUUGUUUCUUGGGGCUUUCAUUGACGUUGCAGAAGGUAAAGAAGCUUUUAAACACGAGGGUUACAUUCUAGUUAUACUGUUGUUCUUGACAAAAUUCAUCGAGUCCUUAUCACAGAGGCAGUGGUAUUUCAGAUGUAGAUUAUUGGGACUUAAAGUCAGGUCUUUGCUCUCAGCAGCUAUUUACAAGAAGCAACUUGGGUUUUCUGGUGAGGCUAAGACGAAGCUUUCUGCUAGCGAAAUAAUCAACUAUGUCACUGUAGAUUGUUAUCAAGUAGGGGAAUUUCCUAUUUGGUUGCAUCAAAUAUGGACAGCAUGCCUUCAAAUGUGUCUUGGAUUAGCUAUUCUUUUCCGUGCAGUUGGGCUUGCAUCUCUUGCUGCUUUAGUUGUAAUAGUACUCUCCGUGGUAUGUAAUACUCCCUUGGCCAAAUUACAGCUCAAGUUUCAGCUUAAGCUCGUAGUGGCACAAGAUAAAAGACUGAAGGCUAUAUCAGAGGCUAUUGUGAAUAUGAAGGUUUUGAAGCUUUACGCAUGGGAGAUGUAUUUUAAAUCUGUUAUAGAAAGGCUAAGGAAAGAGGAGGUCAAGAUUUUGAAAGCUUCUCAGCUGCUGAAAGCUUAUAAUGUGUGUCUGUUUUGGAUUUCUCCCAUAUUGGUAUCUUCAGCAACUUUUAUUUGUUGCUACCUCAUUGGAGUUCCUCUCAAUGCUAAAAAUGUCUUUAUAUUCGUAGCAAGUUUACGCAUUGUUCAGGAACCUAUUAGGCAGACUCCAGAUAUUAUAGGAAUGUGCAUUCGUGCAAAAGUUGCAUUUGGACGGAUUGUUGAGUUUCUUGCAGUACCUGAGUGUGGGAAAGUUAGGAAAAAGGAAUAUUCAGAGCAACAUAAGCACGCCAUUUAUAUCCGUUCGAGUAAUCUCUCAUGGGAAGAAAAUACAUCAGUGCCCACCUUAAGGAGCAUAGACCUUGAGGUUAAAGUUGGUGAGAAAGUGGCUAUCUGUGGAGAGGUUGGUGCAGGUAAAUCAACCCUUUUAGCAGCAAUUCUCGGAGAAAUUCCUGAGGUGGAAGGGACAGUUCAAGUUUAUGGAAAGAUUGCCUAUGUUUCUCAGACGGCAUGGAUCCAGUCAGGAAGCAUAAAAGAUAAUGUUUUGUUUGGAUGCACCAUGGAUAAGAAAAGAUAUCAAGAAACAUUAGAAAAGUGUUCAUUGGUGAAGGACCUUGAAAUGCUACCUUAUGGUGAUCUCACCGAAAUAGGAGAAAGAGGAAUCAAUUUAAGUGGUGGUCAGAAGCAGCGUAUUCAACUAGCUCGUGCACUCUAUCAGGAUGCUGAUAUAUAUCUUCUAGAUGAUCCAUUUAGUGCCGUUGACGCCCUUACUGCUAUAAGCAUAUUUAAUGAGUAUAUAAUGGGAGCUUUAUCAGAAAAGGCGGUCUUACUUGUUACUCACCAAGUUGAUUUUCUCCGUGCAUUUGAUUCAAUUUUGUUAAUGUCAGAUGGGAAGAUCCAACAGGGGGAUCCAUAUCAUGUAUUGUUGUCGUCUAAUGAAGCAUUUCGCAACCUUGUUAACACACACAAAGAUACAGCUGGUGCAGAAAGACACGUUAAUGUAAUUUCUACAGAUAAAUGUAGAACCUCUUCUGAAGAGAUUGAAAUUUUCUGGGUUAAGCAGCUAAAAGAAUCAUUUGACCAUCAGCUGACUGAGCAAGAAGAAAGAGAAACAGGAUACACUGGGUUGAAGGCAUAUGUACAGUAUUUGAGUCUAAACAAAGGCUUCUUCUACUUCUCCGUAGCUAUUGUAUGCCAAAUCGUCUUUUUUGCUUUUCAAAUAGUAGAAAACUAUUGGAUGGCUGCUAAUGUUCAGAACCCUCAAGUUAGUAAAUUGCGACUGAUCUUGGUGUACUCUCUGAUAGGAUGUAGCUCGAUGUUCUUUGUACUGUUUAGGUGUCUUCUUACAGUUGCUUUGGGUAUUGAGUCUUCCAAGUCACUAUUUGAUCAGCUACUUAACUCUCUUUUCCAUGCACCAACCACUUUUUACGAGUCUACACCAUUCGGAAGAAUACUUAGCCGCGUCUCUUCUGAUUUGGGUAUUGUAGACCUUGAUCUCCCAGUCAACUUUGUUGCGGCUGUUAUAUUUAUUAUUAAUAUUUGCUUCCAUGUUGGGGUACUGGCUGUUAUUACUUGGCAAGUUCUGUUAGGCUCCAUACUGAUGAUGCUCAUGGUGAUUCUCUUACAGAGAUACUAUUCUGCAUCUGCAAAAGAGUUCAUGCGGAUUAAUGGAACCAGUAAGUCGAUGAUAGCAAGCCAUCUUGGUGAAUCUAUAGCAGGAGCAAUGACAAUUAGGGCUUUUGAGAAAGAGGACCGGUUCUUCUCUGAGAAUCUUGAUCUCAUCGACAAUAAUGCUGGCCCUUCUUUUCAUAUUUUUUCUGCAAAUGAGUGGUUAAUCUUACGUUUGGAAAUGCUCUGCACCGUUAUUCUUUGCUCCUCGGCCCUUGUGAUGGUUCUGCUUCCUGCAAAAACUUUUGGUUCUGGAUUUGUUGGUAUGGCCCUGUCUUAUGGUCUUUCGUUGAACCUAUACGUUAUUGUUGCUGUACACUCCAACUGCUCUUUAACAAAUGAUAUUGUUUCUGUGGAAAGGCUAAACCAGUACCUGCAUAUUCCCAGCGAAGCCCCAGAACUUGUAGAAGGAAAUCGACCUUUCUCUGGUUGGCCUGCAGUAGGUAGAGUGGAGAUCCAUAAUUUGGAGAUCAGGUAUAGGCUCAAUACUCCCAUUGUUCUUCAUGGAAUUAAUUGCAUAUUUGAAGGAGGACACAAGAUUGGGAUUGUUGGCAGAACUGGCAGUGGGAAGUCAACUCUAAUAGGUGCUCUGUUUCGGCUGGUAGAACCUGUAGCGGGUAAAAUCAUCAUUGAUGACAUUGACAUCUCAACUAUAGGGCUUCAUGAUCUACGGUCUCGCUUAGGGAUCAUACCUCAAGAUCCUACUCUCUUUAAUGGGACUGUAAGAUACAAUUUGGAUCCUCUUUCUAAACAUACGGACCAGGAAAUUUGGGAGGUUCUUGGUAAAUGUCAACUUCGGGAAACAGUGCAAGAGAAAGAAAAGGGUUUAGAUAGUUCAGUUCAACAAGAUGGUGUAAACUGGAGUGUGGGACAACGACAGUUAUUUUGUCUGGGGCGAGCUCUACUGAGGAGCAGCCAGAUAUUGGUGCUUGAUGAAGCUACUGCUUCAAUCGACAGCGCAACAGACUCCAUUCUCCAGAAGACCAUAAGGACAGAAUUUAAAAAAUGUACUGUUAUCACAGUGGCCCACAGAAUACCUACUGUUAUGGACAGUACAAUGGUGCUCGGUAUAAGUGAUGGGAAAAUUGUGGAGUACGAUGAACCGUUGAAGUUGAUCAAGGAAGAAGGUUCGUUGUUUGGGCAACUGGUGAAUGAAUACUGGUCUCACAGCCACUCUGCAUAUUCAUGAUAAAAUGGGUUCUUGAAAUCCACCACCUUGUUUUGGAUCUGACUCAGUCCGAGUCAGAUCUCAAAUUAUUUGUUUUUUUUUUUCUUUCAGUUUUUUGAUAGGACUCGGACCUCUGAUCAUUUGUCUUUUCCCUUCAGUUUUUGAAUGUUUUGACUCGAGGUCUGACUUAGAUGUGAUGAGUCAGACCCAAAGAGAAAAGUACAACCCAAGAUCAACAAAGCUCUUCAUUAAGACUUAUCGGUUGCACCACCACAUUGCGGACGGGGACAACCAACAGUCCCGGCCACGCUAUGGAGAGGUUGUUUUCGUCCCACGUAGUCAACCUAAUUUUAACCGUACACGUAACUCCAACAAAGAGAUCAACGAUCCAAGCUUCGUUUAUAAAACCAGAAUUCUGUUCACUUCUCCCCUUUCUUCUUCUUCUUCUUCUCUCACUAAUGGCGAAAAAGAAUCUGACCCGUUUAUUUUCAUCACUGAUUGAAUCAUCAAAUAAACCCAGUUUAGGGUUCCAAUCUGAAUCAAUCAUCAAUUCAAUUUCAUCAUUACAAAGAGGUAUUUCUACUACUACAAUCACUCAACAUGAUAAUGACGAUGAGAAGAAGAAAACCCAUAAAAUUUCUGUAGAAGAAGAAAAAAGCAGCAGCAGCAGCUCUGAUGAAGAAAAUGAAGAAGAUGAUAAUGGAAUGAAUAAAGUUACUGGUGAAAUUGGUGGACCAAGAGGACCUGAACCUACCAGAUAUGGAGAUUGGGAGAAAAACGGUCGAUGUUCUGAUUUCUAAGACCUAACCAGGAGCCGCGUCACUGAGUCAGGCGAGUUGCUAAUAUUUGGGUGAGUGAUUCCAUUUCAUGUUCUUAAACAUUUGGGUUUGUUAUUAGGAUCAGUAUAUUGAAUAAAGAUGUAGUCUUUUGUUUGCAAUUUGAGGAUAAUUUUGUUGAAAUCAAAAUGAUGAAAUUUGUUGACAAUUUUGGGGAUAAUAUGAUUAAGUGUCUGAAAAAUGACAAUUUUUGUAGGUUUUA